CCUGUCCACUGCCGCUUUUUACCUGCCGCAGUGCCGACAAACUCUUUUUACUAAACAUGUAUGAAUGAACCUGUGUCUAAAUAGGCUUAACAGUGUAUUAUAUUAGUGAACUUGUCAUAUGUGGUGUUAGUUUUUGGUCCAGAUCGGAGGCUGAGCCGGUCUCACGCCCUCGAAGGAAUGCGGCAAUUUUAACAACUGCUGAGACCCAACGUUGUGUAGAAUCGACCGAUCACGACAAAUGAUAUAAGAAUUGAAACGACUAUUGCUGCUCGGAUGCUGAGUGUAUUGACAUUUUCCAGGUGAUGCAUCGAGCAUGAGUCGCCGCGCGCGGCCGUGACAUGGGAGCGCAGGCAUGGGCUGGCGCGCCGUGCACCCGCCGCACAUCGCCGCCGGCUUGCUGCUGCUACUGCUGGGGAACCUGCCAGUGACCUGCCACCAAGACCACCAGGAUGCGGUGCACAUCACGGCGAUCCUCGGCGAGAGCGUCGUGUUCAACUGCCAGGUGGACUUUCCUGAGGACAUCCCAGUGCCGUACGUGUUGCAGUGGGAGAAGAAGGUAGGCGAAACGGGACAGGAUAUUCCCAUCUACAUCUGGUACGAGAGCUACCCGACCCACAGCGGGGAGGGCUACGAGGGGAGGGUGUCGCGCGUCGCCCCGGACUCACCGUAUGGCGCGGCCAGUCUCAACCUCACCAAUAUACGGGAGUCAGACCAGGGCUGGUACGAGUGUAAGGUGGUGUUCCUCAACCGGUCCCCCAACCAGCACAAGAACGGCACCUGGUUCCACCUGGACGUGCACGCGCCACCGAGGUUCUCCAUCACACCGGAAGACAUUAUAUACGUUAAUUUAGGUGACGCCAUAAUCCUCAACUGCCAGGCAGAGGGCACUCCCACACCUGAAAUCCUCUGGUACAAGGACGCGAACCCAGUCGAACCUUCAGGAACCGUGGGCAUCUUCAACGAUGGCACGGAACUGCGGAUCAGUAACAUCAGACCUGAUGACAUUGGAGACUAUACAUGCAUCGCGAGAAAUGGCGAGGGCCAGGUGUCGCAUACAGCGCGGGUCAUCAUCGCCGGUGGAGCUGUCAUCACCAUGCCUCCAACCAAUCAAACCAAGCUAGAAGGGGAGAAAGUUCAGUUCUCCUGUGAAGCCAAGGCCCUACCCGGGAAUGUGACAGUGAAGUGGUUCAGAGAGGGGGCUCCAGUGGCCGAGGUGGCAGCCCUGGAGACCAGGGUCACAAUCCAGAGAGAUGGCGCGCUGGUCAUCAAUCCUGUUGCGGCUGAUGACUCAGGGCAGUACCUGUGUGAAGUCUCCAAUGGGAUCGGGAAACCACAGAGCGCUUCGGCCUAUUUGAAUGUUGAAUACCCCGCCAAAGUGACGUUCACCCCAACCGUACAAUACCUGCCGUUCCGCCUCGCUGGCGUCGUCCAGUGCUACAUAAAGGCCAACCCUCCUCUUCAAUAUGUGACCUGGACUAAGGACAAGCGACUGCUGGAGCCGUACCAGACGAAGGACAUCGUGAUCAUGAACAACGGCUCUCUUCUGUUUACCCGCGUCAAUCAGAAUCAUCAGGGAAGGUACACGUGCACACCGUACAACGCUCAAGGCACGCAAGGAUCUUCAGGCCCAAUGGAAGUGCUGGUGAGGAAACCUCCAGCGUUCACCGUGGAACCGGAGCCUUUGUAUCAGAGAAAGGUGGGCGAAUCAGUAGAGAUGCAUUGCGAGGCACAAGAGGCGGAGGGCACGCAGCGGCCCAGCGUGACGUGGCGGCGGCGCGACGGGCUGCCGCUGCAGAAGACGCGCGUGCGGGCGCUCGGUGGGAACAUCACCAUAGACACGCUGCGGAGACAGGACUUCGGCAUCUACCAGUGCGUCGCGUCCAAUGAGGUGGCGACGAUCGUGGCGGACACGCAGCUGGUGAUCGAGGGCACGCAGCCGCACGCGCCCUACAACGUGUCGGGCGCCGCCACCGAGUUCCAGGUGGCGCUGCGCUGGCAGGCGGGCUACGCGGGCGGCCCGGACUACAAGCAGGACUACACCAUCUGGUACCGCGAGGCCGGCUUCUCCGACUGGACCAAAGUGCCGGUCACGCCCUCGGGGGCCACUUCUGUCACCAUAAACAGACUUCAACCCGGGACCACCUACGAGUUCCAGGUCAACAGUAAGAACACCAUUGGAGAAGGCAUGAUGAGCAAAGCAAUAACCAUCAGAACUUUAGAUGUAGGCGCCAAGCCGAAAGCGCCACCGACCCCCGCGGGGCCCGUGGACGAAAAGAUAUUUCAGAACGCGCCUGAAGGCUCCGGUCCGAAGUCCGGCCCCCCGCGGAACCUGACGGUGACUGAGGUCCACAACGGCUUCCUCAUCACGUGGCAGGCGCCGCUGGAGCGCGCGCCGCUGGUGCAGUACUACACCAUCAAGUACCGCACCGACGCGCAGUGGAAGACCCUCAACCGGGGGCAGAUACGGCCCGAGGAGACCAGCUAUUUAGUCAAGAACCUAGUUGGCGGACGGACGUACUACUUCCGAGUGUUGGCCAACUCCGCGACCAGUUACGAGAGCUCCGAAGAGGUGAAGUUCCCGGUGCCGGCACGGGUCAAGCACAAAGCGAUCACGGCCGGCGUGGUGGGAGGAAUACUGUUCUUCAUCGUCGCCAUCAUACUGUCUGUAUGCGCGGUCAAGAUCUGCAACAAAAGGAAGAGAAGAAAGCAGGAGAAAGCAUACAACAUGGUAGCCGCGCGCCUCACCGACCUUCGCGCCGCUCAAAGCACUCAAGUGCCUUUUAAGAAAUUUAGAGAACGCGGAAUAUCGGGUAUAGUGCAGUGUUUGCGCUUCACCGCUAACUGGGUGUGGCCGGCGUCGCGCUGCGGCGGCGCGGCGCAGUACUGGCCGGCGCCCGCCGCCUCCCCCGCGCCCCCCGCCUCCCCCGCGCCCUCCGCCUCGCCCGCGCCCUCGCCCGCGCCCUCCUCCUCCGACGACGGCGGCUUCCUGCCGCGCCUGCGCGCCCCGCUGCGGCCCUCCGCCGCGCCGCCGCUCGUGCGGGCCUCCUCGCCCGCCCUGGCCGUGCACUGGCCGCCCUGGCCGCCGUGGCCGCCCUGGGCCGCCGCCUGGACGCCCUGGUCGCCGCUGCACGUGUCCGACCUCAGCUCGGUGCCGUUCCCGAGCUCGGCGGAGAGCUCGUUCCCGACGCCGCCGUCGCCGUUCCGGCUGCGCGCGCUGCGGCUGGAGGCGGCGGCGCGCGGUGGGCGGCGCCGCGAGCGGGCCGCGCCGCGCCACGCGCGCCCGCCGCCGCACGAGGCCUCGCCCGAAAGCCGCAGCUCGUCCAGCGGGUUCGGCAGCAAGAACGCGUCGUCGUCGCAGCACAACCGCAGCAGCCGCGCGGGCAGCCUGGCGGAGUGGCGGCCGCCGCCCUACCGGCCGCCGCCGCCCGCGCCGGCGCCGCGCCCGGCCUCCGGCGACGCGGGCUCGGUGGACGUGCACUACGAGUGGGACCGCGCCACGCGCACGCCCACGCCCUCCACCCCGGAGCGACCGCGGCCGCGCCCGUCGCGGGACGAUGUCGAAGCCCGUGUGCGAGCCAUGAAAGAGGAAUUCUUGGAAUUCCGCAAGCGGCAGGCGCUGCGCCGCCGCUCGCCGGAGCCGCUGUCCGCGCCGCCGCCGCUGUCGCAGCUCCCGCCGCUGUCGCAAUUGCCGCCGUUGUCCCAACUCCCGCCGCUGUCACAGUUGCCGCCGCUGUCGCUGUCGUCGGCGCCCGCGGAGACGGUGUGUUGAGGCCGAAGCCGCAGACCCACCGAUCCCCGAUUCCAAUAGGAAGAACUUUUGAAAGAUUUCUUUUGAACGCGCUCGUUAAUACGUCUCACUUGUGAGACGACUGUAAAGUAGCAAAGUCAGUAAGCUUGAUAACCUACUGUUCGAAAACUCGACACUCAAUACAUUUUGGGUUCCGAACGAACGACGCUCGAUCUCUACGAUUAGUGAAAACGAUCAUAUUCGCUAAGUACUAAGUCUGAUAUUGAUUUGACAUUAUCACACCUCCGCCUAGCUGUAACAUUUAUUGGGCACGCGUAGCUAUCCCUACAUGCUAAUUAGCUCGGUCAUAUGUUAUGAUUUAAGUAACGCAAUCUAUCCGAGACGGGGAUGAUAACUCGAAGUAGAAGAUUUGAUACGUUCACUGUUUAAGUAGUGUUAAUUCAAAACAUCCCACCUACGAAACCGGCGCGUCGCCGGUGAUAUUAUAAAGUAAUUAGGUUAUUUAGAAACGGUUCCAGUCACACGACGCUACAUGACUGUCAUAAUGUACGUAUGUAAAGUGGAUGCAGUGGCGUCACGGCCUCGCGCCGCCUGCCUCAUUUGUCUGAAAAUGUCAAUUAAGCAGUCGAUAUAACUGUAUUUACGCCAUAGAAAUCUGAAAAACAAUUCAGAUUUCUGGGCACCUUUCCAUAGGGACGGCCGCUGCGAGUCCAUAUUGGGUUUAAUAAUAUUUUUUUUAAGUUAAAUUUUUUGACAUAAUCAACGUUUAGCAUAAUGAUUUUAGAUUAAAAAAUUAUGCGACACGAUAUUUAUGUCAAAAAAAAAAUAUGUUAUCUUCGAAAUACCAUUAAAAUUUAUAAAAUCCAGUAUGGACCCCGCUGUGGGUAUACCAUGCGAGGUGAGGGCAGGCGGCGCGCGCGCAAACGCACCUAAACGCUUUAGGUAUGAGCGGGGAGGCAUCCACGACACCGCUCAUACCAAUUAUAUUGUAGUUAUUAAAUAAUUAAUUACGAAGAACGCGCGAGCGGACUCCGAGUGGCGAAGCUAUACGCGCCACACGGAGUCCGCCCGGCGUUUCUAUAAUAUGCAACAAAAUAAUCAUAAGUAGACACUAGACAUAAUUACUGUAGAUCGAAACAAAACAUAUUAACUGAAUUGUUUUAUUGUUGAAUGAUUUAUUUCGAGUACAAAUUUAUUAAUUUUAUGUUAUUGUACUUAGGUGCCGUGUAUAAUUUAUAUACUGUAAAUAUGUAAAAAUAUUAGAUAACAUACACUUAUUUAUUUAGGUAUGGCAUGAUUGAGGUUCUGACCUUUUGGCGGGAACGGUGCCGCACCCCGACGCCGUCUUACGACUAAGUUAAAUUAUUAUACUCAAUGUUAUUUUAGUUAAAUAUGUUUGACACGAUUAAUUAGUGUUGAUUAAUGAUAUUAUCAAAGUUUUUAUCAGGUAUUCUGCAACAACGACCUUAAGAUAGGUACCUGUUAUUUUCUUGCCUAUUUUUCCAUGGUGGAAUUUCAAAGUUAUUUCGUUUAGUUAAUAACAAUAAAAUAUCAUCGUGUCUCUAUCGGUUCCUGAAACAUCCCACCUAUAGUUGAUCAGUCAGAACAAAGACUGUUUAGUGUUACGUUUGUUAUAAUAGCUUUACUUUUCCCUCGUCAGUGCAUACUUUAUGUUUAAUAUGCACAUUACAUUAUGUUUCAGCUAUGAUUUUUAUAUACAAUUUUAACAAAUAUUAUAUAGUUGAUAUAAGAACCUCAUAAGAAAUAAGUAUAAAAAUGUACGCUUUAAAGAAAUUGAAAUAAAUUAAUCAUAACAAAUAGAUAGGUCUGUACGAUAAGGAGUACUAGUAGUUAUGUAUGUGCGUGCAUGAGCGUUGAAGCGGGCGGCUGCAGGAGUGCGGAGCCCACUAGCGAUACCUAUCUAUCGACAAUGUUGACUUGCAGGGAACCAUCGCCAUAGAAUUUAAAAAAAUAUACGUUAAAAUGUUUCUUUGUAACGUCAAGACCUCUACAGCAAAUUCACUGCGGAUGUUGACAAUUUAACGCGACAUAUUUUCCAUUUUGAAUUAAAUUAUUAUAAUUAAAUAACUCUUGCCAUAGUGAUACACGUUAGAAUAUUAGGAUCGACAACUCGUGCAAUAAAUAAGCAGCUGUUCAAUAACAUAAUAAUUAUAAUAUAUUAUGUCAAACAUGCUCAAUUUUUUCGACUGACCAACUGUAAAAAGUACGAUUAAAAUAAAUCGAAAUUUCGUGGGACGCGAUCGAAUUUAUACUUCCUUGUAGGUACAGUUUUGCCGAGUGGUUUGUCGGACGGACGACUUUAAAUUUAGCGCGAAAUCCAUCAUUAAUUUUUUAUCAGUCAUAAUUAAUUUAGCCCGAUACCGUUGGGAUCAAAUGAAAAUUGUGAAUACAGUGGGCAACAUAUAAGGUACACCAUCUCGAUACGUGCGUACUGUACCCAUAAUACGAGGUGAUAUUCUUUGCUCGUGGCCCACUGUACAUUGAUAAAUAAAAUUAGCGUCGACUAUCGCAGAAAGCAAUUAACGCACGACACAUCCUUUUACUACGAAACUCAUACAAUUGUCGUAGUAUACCUUUAAAUAAUUGUAAAUAACAUUGUUUAUUCAAUAUUUUCAUGUUUCGCAAACGGUUCACGACCCAAUCACAUCGCACAUUUGCGUAGGUACACGAUUUACCUUCUUAGCAUGUUGUAGGUUUUAUAUUAAGUAUACCUUAUCCUGGACUUCCUUGUAACAAGCUAUUCUAUUACAUGAGGCUAGAAAUCUGACUCCCUAAGGGCGCGUUCCCACGAUGUCAAGACGGUUUUUCGGACAAGGUUUCGUCCCUCACUGUGUCCAAUAUCGAAUAAUCCAACCCAAUUAUAAUUUUGCAAGAUAUUACCCCAAUUAUAAUACCAUUCAGUUCAAUUAUACCGCCAUUAACAGGUGGUAUAUUCAAAUAGAAUUCUAUUAUAAAUACUCUCUUGCAUGACACGCGCGACGACGUUUUUAUCGCGCGAUAAACUAUCGCUGUUUCGCUUUUACUAUAACGGGAAACGAGACAGCGAUAGUUUAUUGCGCGAUAAAAACGCACCGCAGAAACUUUAAACCGCAUCUGUCUAUCUGACGUCACGACAAAUUGGGAACGUAGUCUUAACAGUAUGUUAACUCACGUGGACAGAUUCCAAUACCCCAAAGCGUAUAUUUGAUUCCGCCAUCACUAAGACGUUUUUUAGGGAAAAUGUCGAAUCGAAAUGAAUUUUGUCCGUGAUUCUCUGCCCACGGAGUAUAGCAAAUAUCAAGAGACGUACCUAACUACUAAACUAGAUUUAAUUUUGUCACUUUGUAACGUACCUACAAAAAUAAGUAACAAAAAUUAAUAUAUAUAUAGCUCAAACCAUGUGAUAUCUAGUCUUUUCCAUUAUAAAGAAUUUUUCUUUUAAGUCCUGAAGCAAAUUGAUUUAAAAUAGUAACAUCAAUUUGGCUUCACAAGACUACAUAAUUUAAUCGUAAUGGCGUGGGUUCAACCACUUAAGUUGAUUAAUUAACUAACCAAUAACUGGAUCGUGUUAGUCAUAAAGUUAUUUCAUGAAAUACGGACGAAAAGUGAUUAAAGCGUUUCAGAAAAUAGCCUAAAAUCCUUCGACAUUUUCUAUAGACUAAAAUGAAAAAGAUAGCAAUAUAUUAGACUAAUGUAACUAAAACGUAUAUAUCAGUUUGUAUAAAAUAAUGGAAAAUAAGUAACAAAAUAAUGUGCACAUGAGCAGUUUGUGGUCCUUAGUUACGAGUAAGGCCUCUGCACAAUAUAUCUCGGCACAAUAACGGUUUACUCGUUUUUUCAGAUAUCGUACAGCACUUUACUGUAAUCCGAUGUAACCACGAUAAGUUCGCCUCGUUGAGAUCAAAAUGCACAAGCUACAUUUUUAUAAAUCGGAUUAUAAAUUAUUUUAAUUAUUUUUUUUUAGAAUAUUUUUAGUUAUAUAAGUGUUGAGAUCAUGUGUUUACUGUGUAAGCACAGAAGGAUUCAAUUCAAAAAAUAAAAUACAAUAACGUUGCUAUGAUUA